GGUUUUUUUCCCUUUUAUUUAAAACUAUUUUAAUAUUAGUGUUGUGUGUUAAAUAUAAACUGUUUUUAAAUAUUUCUUAAAGUCUUUUGAAUGUGAAGUCAAAAAUGGAUAAUAUUCGGAUAAUAUGUAUUUUAUCCAAUAAGUACAAAAAUGAAUCAGAAUGUUCUGACAUUAUGCUUCAAGCUCAUGAGGCAUGCAAACAAAAUAUUAAAAAUGUGAUUUGGCUCAAAGAAGAUGACUAUCAAUCAAUUGAGUUUUGUAAAACUGAUUUUGUAAUAUUUGAAGAAUUUGCUGGAGAUGCUUUUAACAAAAUAAAGGAAACCAAGUGUGCUAGAAUCAUAGGACCAUGGUGUGUUACGGUUUGUUUAAUGGAGGGCAAACAAAUCCCAAACUAUCCUUGGCCAAUCUAUAAUGUUGCCAUGUUUGACUGUAUUGUCGCCUGUUCAUAUUUACCAAAAAAAUUGAAGCAGGAAAUCAAAGACAAAAUUGAAUUAAUGGGAGGAUGUUACUCUGAUCAGAUGUUGGUGUCAACAACACAUUUAAUAACUGACAGUGUUCAAACAGAGAAAUACUCUUAUGCUACUGAAAAUGGUGUUAAAGUUAUGCUGCCAGGAUGGGUUGAUGCAAUUUGGAGUGCCAGUCAAACAGCAAAUGUACAUUGCAGUAAUGAUAAAUUUAGUCAUUUCAAGGUACCACCUUUUCACAACUUAACCAUUUGCUCUACUGGUUUUACUAAGUCUUCUGAAAGAAAUGAACUUACAAAAAUGAUUAGUGAGAAUGGAGGUAAAUUUACUGGCAGACUGAAUCUAUCAACAACUGAUGUAUUAGUAUGUAAAGGGAUAGAGGGUUCAACAAGUGAGAAAUAUAAAGCGGCAAGGAAUGUAACAAGUAUUAAAUGUGUCACUCCUGAUUGGAUAACAGACAGCAUUGAGAAAGGUUAUGCCUUACCAUAUAAUGCAUACCAAGUAAAGAAAGGUCAUUCAACACCCACAAAAGAUAAUGAGUCCAUAAAUCCGAACUUUUCGGUUCUGAGUGCCAUCAUACCAAGUGGACAAGAAAACAGAACAACAUUGGAAGAUACUGUCCUUGGGAAUUGUACUGAAAUGAAUUUUUCAAAAGCAAAUACAAAUAAAAGAAAAGCAUCCCAACAAGAAGAAUUUAGUCAUCUUAUUGAUAAUUUGGAUAUUAAAAAGGCUAAAAGUGCUGGAGAAUAUUUAGAUGGAUGUAGUGUAUUAAUAGCUGGUUUUGAUAGUGAACAACGCGAAAAAUUAUGCAAGAUUUUAAACUGGAGCGGUGCGACAAGAUUUGAUGAUAUAACUGAUAGGGUAACUCACGUUAUAGUGGGUGAUAUCCAGUGUCAUGAUGUAAAACUUAUCAAAAGCAAGGGAUAUGGCUGCGCCUUAGUGAAUGUUAAAUGGUUAAUUGAGAGCAUUGAAAAAAAGCAACCUGCUAAUGAAGAAGAGUUCCUCGUCGGUAUGUCCAUUUCGGACGAUAAACAUGAUGUAAAUUCACCACUUAGCAAGAAAGGUUUAAAAUUAUUGAAAUCAAAUAGGACCAUCACAGAAAUGGAAGCGGUACACGAAUUUGCCGCACCACCACCACCACCAGCUGCAGAUGAACCAGAUAUAAUGCAGCAAUAUUUGGGAACAAUGAAUACUGAUCAAGAAGAUACACUUGCUCAGUUACUUGACAACGAUUCAAAAUUUGCAACUGGCGUUGCACUGAAACCUGAUGACCAAAAAUCGAUCGACGCACCUACGUCAGAAACACAUCCUAAAAGGUCAGUACGGUCUCUUCUGUCCUACGACGACCCCUCCAAGGAUACGUCGCCAGAUCCGAGAGAAUAUGAAAAUGCACGUCGUAAAAGGUCAGUACAUUCUCUAUUGUCCUACGACGACCCCUCCAAGGAUCCAUCGCCGUACGGACUGGAGGAAGAGGAUACAAGCCUGCCUUGUGACGUGUUUGAGGGUCUCAAGUUUAUUAUCGCCGGUUUCGAAAAGGAGGAAGCGAGUAUACUCCGUAAUGAUAUUGAAAAUGCUUGCGGUGAAGUUGUAGGCGAGUCAUUUGAAGGAGUGGCAGAUUACGCGGUGAUGCCGGUGUUUAGAUGGGCCCCACUUAAAAACGAAGCUAAGAAAAUAGUCACCGACAUGUGGACUGCUGAAUGCCUUAAUGAGGGUGAACUCCGAGAUGUAGAUUAUUAUCAUCAAUCCUACAACAUACAAGAUACUACCACACUUGCAAACUGCGUCAUAACUUGCAGUGGUUUCAUCAGCUACGAACGUAACUUUCUUCGAAUUCUAAUCGAAGCAAUGGGCGGUCGGUGUCAAGAUCAACUCGCACGCGUUACUUCGUUAGAGAAGCACGUAGUGGAAUCUACGCAUUUAAUCAGUGUGGAGGCGUCGGGUAAAAAAUACUCAGCAGCACUCAAGUGGGGUUUGCCCGUCGUCACAAAGGAUUGGCUGUUAGAGUGUGCCAAAACUGGUAAAUUCAUUCCAGAGAAUGACUACCUACUAGGUGACUCAAAAGCUCCGGAAAGGUCACGUGCACCGUCACAACUGGCAGCUAUUCCCAAACGGGUAACGGAGAUUCAUAAUUCAUCACCAAAAGUAGAAUCUCCUGUAAAUACAUCGCAGAGGCGACCAUCAACUGUGGGUACUCCGAAAUAUGGGACUCCUGCCAAUAAAGAUUUUUCGGGAGUAGAGACACCACAAAAAGAUCAAACGCUCAUGGGCACUCCAAAAUAUAAUACACCAUCUUUGGCCAAUCAGGAGGAGCCAGGUCCUAGCAGAUUGUCCAGAGUGUUGACUCCCAUUAAUAAUGAAACUGAAGAACAAAACAACACUCCUGUAAACAAGUUCAUGAAUAUCUCUUCAGAACCAUGUAGCCAAGUGACUCCAGUUCAUAAAAUUAUGCAGGAAGUAAGAAAGACUAAUUUAUUGGGUACAGAUGAUACUCCUAAAAAUUCCCCUGUAACAUACGAUAACUACGUUAAUAUUAAAACGCCAGAUACACCAUUAGAACGUUUUCUAACGCCUAAUCCAAACAAAGGUCUUAGAAAACAAUUACAACGCUACAUUAAUCAGUUUCCAGAUUUUGCACCACCAGAACCUAGAAGAUUAAGUACACCAUUGUCUGAGCUCAAAAAAGAACUAUGGCACAAGAUAGGAUUUGAUUCUCCAAUUCAAAAUCAGGAACCCAAACAAUUGAAUUUUAAUCCAAUUGAAAAUGAACCUAUGGAAGUUCAGGAAGAGCCUAAGCCAAUAAAUCCUAUUAUCAACAGUAAGCUCCAAUUACUUGAGGACUUAAUGAGCUCCACUCCUGAAAAUAAACGAAGCAGCAGGGCCUUCCAGUCUACAGUACCAGCUGAAGUUGCUGACGCAGAAAUUAAGGAUUCCCAAGCCUUUACUGUUGGUUGGGACUACAGAGAAACAGUCACAACAGUGGAACCGCGGAAACACAGGAUAUUUAUGAUUUCCGGCAUUGACAGCGAUAUGCGUCAGUCGUAUGUGGAAAAAUUAGAAAAAUUGGGCGGUUUAGUCUCCGAUUUACCUAAUUAUGACCCGAACUGUACACACCUCGUAUGCCCAAAACCGGCCAGAAAUGAGAAAACGUUAUCUUGCAUGGCUGCAGGGAAAUGGAUAUUGCACGUGUCUUACGUCGAUUGCUCUGUUGCGGCUGGACAUUUCUUAAAUGAAGAAGAAUACGAAUUUGGGAAUCCAAAAUCGGUAGCCAACUUACCUGUGCAACCGGACAAAGAAUGCGAAAAUCGCGUCCAGAGCAUGCAUUAUUGGCGGAAGGAAGUGGCUCUCGGUGGCACUGGUGCAUUCCAGAAUAUGAGGGCCAUUGUUAUUGCUCCCAAACGAGAAUCCAUCGUAAGAGUUAUUGAAGCUGGCGGAGGCAUUGUCUUAAAUUUAUCACCACCGUUUGAUCCAAUGCUCUCAAUAAACGCGACACAUUGUUUUCUGGAGCUAAGGGCGGUCGGCAUCGAGAGGUUACAUGAAUAUAUUCCUCUAGCUAAACAAGGAAUUUAUUGUGUUAAUACUUUAUUUAUUAGUGAAUAUUUACAUAGAACUGCAAAAAAUGUAAUAGAUUGUAUUUUGCCCCCCCUCAAACAGUAUUAUCCAAAAUCCUCAUGAAUCUCAAGUUUUUUUAAAUUGUUUUUUGUUAUAUUUUCUGUAGUUAAUAGUGACAUGUACAAAAUUUGUGAAAGGCUGUUUUUAAAAAUAAAUUAAGUUGUAAGUUAA